UGUUCUCCCUCCGGAUCACGCCCUGAUUUUCCAGCCUCUCCUGCCGCAGCGCUGCCGGGAUUUGCAUACAGGUGUCCUGAGCCUCGUUUGACAGUCAAACCAGGCGGCCGCUCUCUCACUUUCCGCCCUGCGCAUCCAGCAUCCAGUCGCUGCCAGAGAGGAGCGCAGGGGAGUGCCGACCGAUAAACACUCGCACGCCACCUUCGCCUCCUCUUCCUUCGCUGUAGCCGGAGAGAAGCCACUCUGAGCGGAUAGUUUCGCCGUUUGAAGCCCGGUCAGCAUCCUCCAUCCACCGGUCCGGUCCGGCAGGCCUGAAGCAGCUGCAUCAUGGCGGAGAUAGACGUUCCGCAGAUGAAGAGAGAAGUGGAAAGCCUUCAGUAUCAGCUGGCGAUCAACAGAGAGAAAUCCUCCAUCACCGUAACAGAGCUGGUGAAGUGGAUCGAAGGUUGUGUUUGUGAAGAUCCGUUUCUGAACCCUGAGCUGAUGCGAGCCAACCCCUGGGUGGAAAAGGGCAAGUGUGUGAUCCUCUAAUGGUCACACACUCACACAAUCAAUCACAGAUGCAUAUAAUCUACAAAAACAAAAUAACAUGCACUCCCACACAGCCUCGCUGCACUAUUUCACUCCCUCUCAAACACAUUAUUGCUUUGAUUUUUAUUUAUUUGGAGAUUCCUGGAUGCUAUUGCCUGAUGUGUGUGUCGGAGUGAGUGUACAACACAGAGCGUCACUUCUUGGGUUCUGCAACGUCCUUCUUAUUGUCUCUUUGCACUGUCGAUCCAAAUAAAGACUGUUUUCAAUUAA